AAUGGUCCUUGUUUUGUUACUAUCAGUAACAACUCUACCACAGGUCACAACCAACACAACAGAAAACAAUCAUGAGGACCCGGGGCCGUUCAACACACACAUCCUGUCCAUAUUGCUGGGGCUCUCCGUUUUGCUGCUUUUUCUAGGGUUGCUGACCUGGUAUUGCCUCAGGUUGAAAAACCAGAGGAAAGCUGUCAUCACAGCCGUGGAUAAGAAAGUGCCUAAUGGCAUCCUGGAGGAGCAAGAGGAAUAUAUAGAUGUGGAUGUGGAUAUGGAUAUGGAUAUGGAUGAGGAUGAGGAUGAUCUUGGCUUGCCAUCAAAAGAGCAACAGACAGUGGUCUUACUGCCCAGAUCCCCUUCAACAUCCAAAACAUAUCUUCCCAUCCCGGUAGACAACUUGGAGGAAGAGUAUCGGAUACGUUCAGCCGAUGAUGGGAAACUCUUCCGGGAAGAGUACAGUUCUUUACCUGGCGGUUCGAUACAAGGAACAUGUGAAGAGGCCAAUAAAGAAGAAAACAAGGACAAAAACAGAUAUCCUAACAUACUACCAUAUGACCAGUCCAGAGUGAUUUUAACACAGAUGGAUGGGGUCGCUUGUUCAGAUUAUAUCAAUGCAUCAUAUAUUGACGGUUAUAAAGAUAAAAAUAAGUUCAUCGCAGCACAAGGGCCCAAACAGGACACGACGGCCGAUUUCUGGAGGAUGAUAUGGGAACAGAAAUCAUCCACUAUUGUGAUGCUAACCAAUCUGAAAGAAAGAAAAGAGGAUAAGUGUUAUCAGUAUUGGCCGGAUCAGGGCUGCUGGACGUACGGUAAUGUGCGCGUCGCUGUGGAAGACUUUACCGUUCUGGUGGAUUACACCAUACGCAAAUUCUGUGUGCAAUAUCAGGCCAGUGACGGCAGUAAAAGCCCUCGUCUGGUCACUCAGCUCCACUUCACCAGCUGGCCAGAUUUCGGGGUGCCGUUUUCCCCCAUUGGGAUGCUGAAGUUCCUGAAGAAGGUGAAGCAUGUGAACCCAUCGUACGCCGGACCCAUCGUCGUGCACUGCAGUGCUGGCGUGGGCCGGACAGGAACCUUCAUCGUCAUUGAUGGCAUGAUUGAUAUGAUGCACACGGAGCAGAAGGUGGACGUGUUCGGGUUCGUGUCCCGCAUCCGUGAACAGAGAUCUCAGCUCAUCCAGACAGACUUGCAGUACUCAUUCGUCUAUCAGGCUCUGCUGGAGUAUUUUCUAUAUGGAGACACAGAGCUGGACGUCUCUUCUCUUGAAGGACACCUGCAGAAACUGCACAACACCAAUGCUCCGCUGGACCGCGUCGGCCUCGAGGAGGAGUUUAAGAAACUGACAAACAUGCGUAUUAUGAAGGAAAACAUGAGGACGGGGAACCUGCCUGCCAACAUGAAGAAAAACAGAGUUCUUCAGAUUAUUCCAUAUGAUUUCAAUCGAGUGAUCCUGUCCAUGAAAAGAGGCCAGGAGUUCACGGAUUAUAUCAACGCAUCUUUCAUUGAUGGCUACCGGCAGAAGGACUACUACAUCGCCACACAGGGUCCUCUGGUUCACACUGUGGAUGAUUUCUGGAGGAUGGCGUGGGAAAGGAAGUGUCACUCGAUCGUGAUGCUGACAGAACUGCAGGAGAGAGAUCAGGACAAGUGUUUUCAGUACUGGCCUUCUGAGGACUCUGUGACUUACGGCGAGUUCAGUGUGGAGAUUAAAGGAGACACGCUGUGUGAAACCUUCAGCCUCAGAGAUCUGGUGCUCACACACACCCCUGAGAAGCAGACGCGUUUGGUUCGACACUUUCAUUUUCACGGUUGGCCAGAGAUCGGGAUCCCAGCCGAAGGUAAAGGGAUGAUCGACAUCAUCGCAGCGGUUCAGAAACAACAGCAGCAGUCGGGAAACCACCCCAUCAUUGUGCACUGCAGUGCGGGUGCGGGUCGGACCGGUACGUUUAUUGCUCUCAGUAAUAUCCUGGAGCGAGUGAAAGCCGAGGGUUUGCUGGAUGUGUUUCAGACUGUCAAGAGUUUACGAAUGCAGCGGCCACACAUGGUGCAGACAGUGGAACAGUAUGACUUCUGCUACAGAGUGGUACAGGACUUUGUCGACAUUUUCUCAGACUAUGCCAAUUUCAAAUGAUCUUCUCUGCCUUAAAUGUUUGAGUUUGAAGCUUUUUUUACCCGUCAGUCGAUCAGGAUUUUACAUGGCGACUGCAAGAUAAUUGCGCUCUAUUUUGCUAUGCACUUCUCCUCGAUGUUACUAAAAAGACCAUAUCUAUCUGUAACAUUACUAAGGCUACUAAAGUUUUACAGACUGUACAUUGUCUCCUUUAUAACAUGUAUUUAAAUGGGUUGUUUUAUUUCGGCCUCGAAUCAUUCCAGAUUUGUGUUUUCUUUUUUUUGUAAAAUAGUGUUUCGUCUGUUUUGUUCGUUCGACUAAUGAUUUUUAUUUUUUUAAUCAAGCGAAUUUGUAAAGCUGUAGGUGGUUUGUAUUUAUGGACAUCCUGCCAGAGGAAAGAUGUUUGUGAAUGUUCAUGCCGUUUAUUUAUUCAGAGUUAUUGUCUUACGUUUGAUGAAAGAGAACUUGUUUUAUUCCUGUCUUUAACAAUUGUGCUCAUCGGCCAUUGCAAAUGUGAACUUUUUCAAGCUUCAAAGUGAGACACUGCAGGAAAAUAGGGUCAAAAAAUAAUAAAGAUGUAUUAACAUACUUCACCAGAUGAUUGAUUACGUUAAUAAUUGCAAAAAAACAAACAAAAACAAACAAACAACUUUUAAAUAAUAAUAA